AGGUGGCCCAUAACUACGAGCAGCGUCUCUUGUCGAGGGUAGGCUUAAACAGACAUCUUCCCAUUGGAGGCUUAGCGCGUCACAGUGAGAGCGGACAAUGGUGUGGUCCACGCAGCCUGUGUCACGGGAGGAUGAGGGUGCCGCCUAAAAGCGUGAGGACUUAUUGGAUACGUGUUGUUGCUAGGGGCGUGGGCUGUGCCGUGAAAUAAUCUACUUUUUCUCAGACCCGUGCAAGGAAAAAGAUAAAAAAUUCAGGAAGACGAUAGAGGUAUCAGUUGUGAGAAAUGCGAAGAGAGCUUCCUGCUUCAACCUGAGGGAAAGUGUGCCGCAGUGGCAUAAUCUGAUAAGCUUCUACCCAUCCCGCUCUCCGCUCCAAAACGACUCUGAGGGGGAAUAAAAAAGUGUGCGAGGGUGGCUAAAGGAGGCAUGAAGACGAGCUGAGGUCACACUUGAUGGAACUAAGUCAGAUUUCAACCCGGAACACCUGCGAUUUAUUUGCAUGAACCGGAUCCCGGCACGGUGCGUGUUUACAGGGAUGACAGCUGCGCACUUGGUCCCGUGACGUGUCUUUGGGGAGGAUUAGCGCGUGGUACAGCCCAAACAUCCCGGCCUGUGCAUUACAGUCUGUGAUUUAUCCGCGAAACAAUUACAUUUGUUUAGAAGAGACCUUAUGCAAUGUGGAGGAAAGUGUUUACGUGAGCUCGGAGGAUGACAUCAGGCGCAAGUUGAGUAUCUCUGCGCGAUAUUGCAGCAAGGUGCACCGGCGCGUGAGGUGGCAGGGAGCAAUGCACACAUCCUCCGAGCUGGACGUUUUGCGGGUAUGCUCUGUGUCCUAAACAAACACAAGGCUUAUAAGGCCAUACAUCCUGAGCUGGAAAACUGCGUCACUACAUGCGCGAGCUGCAGGUAGGCAGCAAACUCUCCCACCACCGGGGAGGCGCGUGCUCAUCCUCCUCCCUGCACCAUGUCGCCGGUAAGUGUUUAACAAGUUACCAGGAUGGAUUCGGCGGAGGAGUCAAGAAAAGAUCCGCCGCUGGGGUCCACGUUUUCCUCAGCACCCAAUUUAGACUCGGACAUCAACGCAAAUGCCCGCAGGCUUGUUUAUGAGAAUGGGACGGACCACAAUGUCAACUUCCAGAGCGAAGCCAUGCGAGGGUCCAGUGAUCCAAGCGCUUACCCGUCCACUGACUACCAAGGACUGGUCCGCCAGAGGUUCAUCCGCAGGAGCCUCUGGGUGUCAGACUCUGAGGAACAGCCGCUCGACACUACAGAGUGUGUCAACAGCAGCCCGGUACUUAACAUCGACCUGCGGACCAUCGUGGACCGGAGUCGGACCCGGGUUCUACACGGAGCCCGCCUUGGCCUCCAGGAGACCUCGACCACUGAGAGCCAGGUGGGGUUAAAAAGCAGCGCAACAGAGAGCGUGAGCGCCACGGAGACGAAAGGUGGCAAGAGAGAAAGUGAGCCAAAGGCAGAGGUCGUGCCCUCUGACGUCACGGGGAAAGCAGGAAGUGAUGAGAACGAAGAGGAGCCCGGUACCAAGGCGGUGUCCACCUCACCUGGGGGGCGCUUCCUCAAGUUCGACAUUGAGCUGGGGAGGGGGUCCUUCAAGACAGUCUAUAAAGGUCUGGACACCGACACCUGGGUCGAAGUGGCUUGGUGUGAACUCCAGGAACGGAAACUGUCUAAAGCUGAGAGACAGAGGUUCAAAGAGGAGGCAGAGAUGUUAAAGGCACUGCAGCACCCCAACAUUGUGCGAUUCUACGACUUCUGGGAAUCACCUGUGAAAGGGAAGAAGUGUAUUGUUCUGGUGACAGAGCUAAUGACCUCAGGGACGCUAAAAACCUAUCUGAAGCGUUUUAAGGUGAUGAAGCCCAAAGUUCUCAGGAGCUGGUGCAGACAGAUCCUCAAAGGCCUCCACUUUCUCCACACGAGAGCUCCUCCCAUCAUCCACAGAGACCUCAAGUGUGACAACAUCUUCAUCACAGGUCCCACGGGCUCGGUUAAAAUAGGAGACCUGGGCCUGGCAACACUGAAGAGAGCCUCUUUUGCUAAAAGUGUCAUUGGCACUCCCGAGUUCAUGGCCCCAGAGAUGUAUGAAGAGCACUAUGAUGAAGCUGUGGAUGUCUAUGCCUUUGGGAUGUGCAUGCUGGAGAUGGCCACCUCAGAAUACCCCUACUCUGAGUGUCAAAACGCAGCUCAGAUCUACCGCAAAGUCACCAGUGGGGUGAAACCUGCCAGCUACAGUAAAGUCAGUGACCCAGAAAUUAAGGAAAUAAUCGGGGAGUGUAUCUGUCAUAGAUGGGAGGAAAGGUACUCCAUCAAGGACCUCUUGAAUCAUGCGUUCUUUGCAGAGGAUACAGGUGUGAGGGUGGAGCUCAAUGAAGAGGAUGAUGGGAAGAAAUCCUCCAUUGCUCUGAAGUUGUGGGUUGAAGAUACUAAAAAGCUGAAGGGGAAGUACAAGGACACUGGUGCCAUUGAGUUCACCUUUGACUUGGUGAAUGAGGUCCCAGAGGUAGUCGCUCAGGAAAUGGUGGAAUCAGGUUUUUUCCUGGACUGUGAUGUGAAGAUAGUUGGGAAGUCCAUACGGGAUCGUGUUGCACUCAUCAAAUGGAAGAGGGAGCGCACUGUCCCAUUAGGAAAUGGUGAGUCAUCUGCAAAGAAGACUCAGCAGAACCUACUGCAGGUGCCAGGUUCAGGAGUACAAGAGGAUUCCACAUUAUCUACGGCGGAUUGUGAGAACCAAGAGAUUGAGCAGCAGACCCUGAUCUGCACCGUGCCAGCCACCAUGUCUACCACAUCUGACAGUGGAGUGAGCUCUGCGAUGCAAUUAGAUGAUCUAAACAAUCAGCAAAACGGUCCCUAUCAGUCCCUUCCAGAGCCCAUAUCUCAAGCUCAGAUUAUCUACAGUCCUCCUGCCCAGGCAGACCCUCACUUACAUCAGGGGCCCUACCAGCAACCCACAGCACAGGCCUCACAGGAAAACUACACACAUGUAUCCACUCAAUUACACCAAGGAGCCUACCAGCAUACCACAGGUCAGCUGCAUCCUGGGGCCUAUCAACAACCUGCAUCCCAACUACACCAGGGGCCUUUUCAGUCUCAUACAACAGUUUCGGCUCCAGCUACGCCAGCCCCUGCUCUGCACCAGAGUAGACAGGCAGCACAGAGCUUCCCAGCUGCAGCUCCCGUUCUACAGCCACCGCUUACUGCCCAGCCCAGCCAGGAGCAGCACCAUCUUCUUCACGUUGCUGUUCUGCCGCAGGUUUUGUCUGCUGACCAGACCCCAACUCACAUGAGUCCUCCUGACAUGGCGACCAGUUUUCAACAUUCAGUCUCCAGUGCUCCUCCUCCACUCCUGCCUCUGCAGAUCAGCACACAGUUUUCCUCCCCAUAUUCUGUUGUUCAAACAGGAGGCAUCAACCCUGCUCCCUUCCCCCCAGGUCCUCUGCCUUGUGCCUACAGCAGCAGUGGCCCUCCUAUGUCUAGCCCCCGCUUCCCACCUUCACCACAGCAUCCCUCCCUUCCUCUGACCCCUCACGCUUCCUUUCCCUCUGCACCCUCACUCGGCACACCUCAGACCCCCCUGUCCACACCUCAGCAUGUGCCCAGGGUGGCACUCCAUAUUCCACUACUCACAAUGACCAUGCCCCCUGCAGUCCCCCUGCAGCAGGGAGGCCCUCCUACGUCUCAGGCAAACAUGGGUAGCUUCCAUACUGCACAUCCCUUACCUUUCUCCCAGGUACAACCCACACAUUACCCCGUCCCCCACCCUGAGCAGGAACUGGCUGAGCAGCCUGUCCAGGUGACAGCAUCAGUCCAGUCUGUGUUUCCUGCUGUUCAGACCUCUAUCUGGAGAAGUGGAGUAGAUACAGAAUCAACAGCUCCACUCUCAGAAUCCAUCUCAGUCUCAGCUACAGAAAGAGGCGGAGCUAAAGCCCCUGCACAAAUUCCAGCUUUGAUCCCAGCACAAAACCAACAGGUCCAUAUUUCAGCUCAAGCUGCAGCCAUUCCUGAAACCACAGCUUCAAAAAUUGCAGUGCGAGCUCUUGUCGCAGAUCCAGCUCAAGCACCAGUCUCUGCAUCAGGCCCCACUAUUCAGCCACCCAAAGGCCUGUCCGCUGGCUCAGACACAUCUGGUUUUGCCUCAGCCCAAGUCCCUGUCGCAGUGCCAGCAGCCGCUGUUCAAUCAGCUCCAGCUCCUGUCGCAGUUUCAGUCCAGGCUCCAGCUCUGCAGCCUGAUGGCACUCAGACAGCAAGCUCAGUGUCUGAGUGUGCCAGCCUGGCACCAACUCAGCAAAACCUCGAAUCCACAUCUAAAUCCAGCACCUUUCAACAAGAGCCCUGUGUAGAGGAUGUGAUUCACGGCAAGCCAGUGUCUUUAGCCAGUUUUGCCUAUGACAGUCUCAACUCUGAUGUAGCAUCUGGUAAGGAAACAAGUGAUGGCUACGACAGCUUGGCGAGCGGAGGGAAGGGGGACGGGAAACCCAGAAAGCACCACCGCAAGUCUGCCCGGACUCGCUCCAGACAGGAGAAGACCAGCAAACCCAAACUGAGCAUGCUCAAUGUUUGCAACACUGGAGAUAAAAUGGUGGAGUGCCAGCUGGAGACUCACAACCAUAAAAUGGUGACAUUUAAAUUUGAUCUGGAUGGAGAUGCUCCAGAGGAAAUAGCAACUUACAUGGUAGAGAAUGGCUUCAUUCUGCUGUUAGAGAAGGAGAUCUUUAUCGACCAGCUAAAGGACAUUGUGGAUAAAGCUGAGGACAUGCUGAAUGAAGACAUGGAGGGUGAAAGGGCCUCUACUCUGAGCUGUAGUCCUCAGCAAGGCUUCAUUUCUGAGGGGAUGGUAGGAGAGAGUCAGCAACCUGGAGCACCUCAGGCCAUUUAUCAGCAGAAUGUUCUUCACACAGGCAAGAGAUGGUUCAUAAUCUGCCCCGUGGAGGAGACGCCCACAUCCAGCCAGGACACCCCUUCUGAUGGUACAACCACACAGUCUCCUGGGAGUUCAACCACCACCCAGCCUGCUGACAGUGGCACAGGGAGAGAAGGGUCGUCUUCCACGAUGUCUGGAGGGAGUGGAGGCUUCACCUAUGAUGUGUAUGGAUUCUGUAGCCCUCCGAUUAUGUCCAACACAGACCCUCUGCUCUUAGCCACUCUGUCUCCCCCUGUGUCUGCUCCCCCCACCCUUCAGUCAGUUUCAUCAGUGGAGCCUUCAGGCCCCACAAUGCAGCCCAGCAUUCAUCAAGCUCAGCCAGCCAGAGCUCCAACUUUGCCCCCAUCAUCCCCACAUACAUCUUUCCCAGUUGAGGAGUCACAGGGCUCCCCUAUGGGCUCCGUCUCCCCAAUCCACGCAGUUCAGCAGCUCCCUGACUUGACUUGUCCUGUGUCAGUGGUAGACGAGGUGCCCUGCUGCCCCCUGGUCAUGCCCCUGUCCCUGGAUGUGAGCAGUUUACAGGCAGGGUCUCCUCUCACUCCUCUUCCGCUCCAGGAAUCUGGUUUAGCCAAAGAACCGCUGUCAGUCUCUUACACCUCUGCAGCACGCAGCGAGCGCCCACAGCAGCCUGUGGUGCUCCACCAACCCUUUUCCAGCGUGGGAGGGACCAAAGCACCAUCACUACCCCAGAGCCCAGCGCCGUCCCAGCCCGGUGCUGGGCCUGCUGAGUCAGAUGGGGAAGGACGGCUGGGCCGCGGUGGCUUUGUGGAUAGCACCAUAAAAACUCUGGAUGAGAAACUAAGGAACUUGCUCUACCAGGAAUACGCCCCCAUGUAUCCGUCAGGCAGUGCUGCAGAGACACCCGGCUCCGGUACAGAGUACAUCCAGUCUCCUCCUGGUCCAGACAGCGCCACAGGAGGGUCAGGAAAUAGCACCCCAGGGCCCAUGGGGGAGGGACGCUACAGGGGAGGAGAACAGCUGCCUCAAAUCCCAGAGAGAAUGGAUAGUUUGAGCACACUGAGUGACUCAGCCGUGUGUGCUUCUCUGUCAAGACGACACUUUCCUCACUCUGCUUCCUGCUCUGGAACGAGAGGAAGAUUCAAGAUAAUAUCAGUUCCUCCUGAAGUGGCCUACAGACAAGAUGUGAAGCAAAGGAGCUGGAGUAGUGCUGCCUCCCCGGCACAUCCCUCAGAAUACGCUGAGGACCUCAUCCAGGCUGAGGCCAUGGCUGCCUCCACCACGAUCGGACGUUUCUCUGUGAUAAGCACAGAAGACGACAUUACACAGAGGACGCGUUGCAGCCGCUACUCUGCACCUCCAGAUUUCUACCUGGACACACCUCCUUCCAUGGCCAAGCGGGGCUCCCUGCCUCGCGCUCUGACUUCCACGUCAGUCCCUGUGGAUGUCACGGUCCACGCUCGCUUCCUCUCCUCAGACUCGGGUGCUGAGAGCAGCCCUGCUAAGAUGGCUCCGGCCACCCCGUCUCGGCAUACGCGCUCUGAGCGCAGAGGAAGCGACCUCAUGAAGAGGGCAGUAGCCUUCCUCCGUCGCUCAGGGCGCAGCAGCAGCUUGCAGAGCUCUGACUCACCGAGUAGGCAUGGAGGCGUGCCUGGCUCAGCCUAUGCCAGCAGUGAUAAUGACUCUGAGAUGGAGGAUUCGGACAUGAAGAGGGAACUCCAGAGACUCAGGGAGAAACAUCUGAGGGAAAUCUCGGAGCUGCAGGCCAAUCAGCGAGGGGAAGUGGAGCUGCUAUAUCGCCGUCUUGGUAAAGCCCCACCUCCUGGUCUGGGUCUCUCGCAUGCACCGCAAAACGGCCGCAGAAAAAGGUCCAGCAAGCACAGACUGAAGCCUGGCAAACUCCUUAGCCCUCUGGUUCAACAGUUUAGAAACGUCACAACCAAGUCAAGUGACUCCAGCAAAUCCAGUGCUGCUCCUACAGGAACAGGUGAGCCUACUGUGAGUCUAAAUGGCUCUCCGGCUAAAGCGUCCUUCCCCACUCACGGCAGGGCGCGCUCUUGCACCAGCCACUUGCCGAGCUCCACCUCAGAGCCCGUUCAGACUCAGCAGCCCUGUUCCCUCAAGGGCUCUUUGUCGUCGGACAAUAUUUACGCUGGACUGCAUGGAGAUAGCACCGGCACACAGGCUCCCCCCGGACAAGGCUGGUCUAAUUACCCUCAAACAUCUGAGAGAGUGACCAAUAAAUCGAGUAGCAAGCCGCGAGCUAGAUUUCUCAGGACAACACUGAAGCGACUGUGUCUUGGCAAAGAACGUGGCAGCAGGUCUGGAGCCGGCUCAGGGGCUUCCAAUCAAUCUCAGCAGCCGCCUAUGGGUGCCACGCCCCCUCCUCAUCAGCCAGUGAUAGGACUGGCUCAGGCUCAGGCCAACAACAGCAACAAUAAAACAGCUACAUACACUGGUUAUUCUUUGUGUGCAAAUGAAAACAACCUGCCCGAGGACCUGCAGCGAUUGAUGGAGGACUGGGCCCAGGAGGUCCUUAUUGUCACCCACAGGCCUGGGACGGACUCUCUGAGCAUCAGCGGGCAGCAGCUUUGGGAUCAUGUUGUGCCUCAAACUCAAGAACAACUGGCUAGUGCUUCAAACGUAUCAUCAUGGACAGUCCCUGGUCCAGAAGCCCGCAGUCUUCCCCUGUCAUGGCUGGACAGCCCUGGGUCAACACUGACUUGUCCCUCGAUAGGGCCCCAUCCAAAUUAUCAGCUGCCCUCCCAUUCCCCGUUCCGGGCAAUGUCCUCACAUGUCUCUGUUGGCCAGUGGCCUGGGUUUAUCUCCCCCCUUCAUUCAGGAGUCUUUUCCUUUCCUGCUUUGCCCUCAGCCCAGGACCCCCCCAGCCCCAUUCCAGCGCCAUCAUAUCAGCCGCCUGACCCCAAAGCCAGGACUCUCUAAUUUGAGUAGCAUUGUGUCUUCCAAUUCUUUUACCAAAAAGAAAUCUAAUUAUAGGUAUAGUCAAUCUUAUGUGCAUAUACUGUAUAUAUUUAACCAGCAUGAAUUCAUGUACAUACUGUCUCCAUUCAUGACUUUUAUGUCAUUUGUUUCAUUUGCAUCAACAUACCUCAUGUCCAUAUUACAGUACAAAAUCCUUGAGUGCAGUGUAAUGGUAAUAGUACAUUAAAAGAUGUAUAAUUAACCCAAUUGGGUUUAAAAGUG